AUGGGUGGUCGUGAUGAGAAAUCCUCUGUGAGAAGGAACAGAUCACUCUCAGAAUCGAUCAAGGGAUUGUUCAAGCCGGUAGGCAUAGGAAUCGGUGGUAGCAAUGGAGAAGCAAAUAAUAAUGCAAAUGGCCCAAGCAACGGAAACAAGCAAAACAGCGCCCAAGAAAACACGAAAGCACAGCAACCUGCACGUCCUUCAGAGAUGCCACAGUUGGGCACCAAGAAGAAUAGCGGCCGACUGGGAAAUAUAGCAACAAAUAAAGAAGCUGAAUUAAGCAGCUCUCGCGGUGCCCCUAUACAAGCUCCUGCAUCACCUCUUCAAAGUCCAGUUCUUCAAAGGCCUCACCAUGGCUUACCAAAUGUAUCAAAGCUUUCCAUUACACCGUUGUCGCCGCCGGGAUCCGAUCGGGAUUCUAUAGCUAGUGAAGAAUCGCACCCCCGGUCUAAGAAAGGAUCAUCGGGUGAUGAAGGAGAGAUGCCUGAUCAAAGAAAGGAUCCAAGAAAUAAUCAAAAAAUGCAAGAAAAUAAACUACAUACACCGCAGAUGAGUUCUGAAAGCCAAGAGUCUGGAACUUUGAUAGAUUCAAUUUUAGAGAAUGAUGAAAGUGAUGAACACAUUCAUUCGAAGGAACAUAGUAAAGAUCAAGCACAAUCUGGUCCUUAUGUCAAUGGCAGACGAAGCCGCGCCAACAGCCAUGUGGGAAGAUCAGGUUCUUUGAAAAGAAAUGAUUCCUUAUCCUCAAAUAACGUGCAGGGGAAUAAGGACUAUUUGAGAGCAAGAAAUCGGGCUGAUACAUUUAGUGCAUCAAGCUUGCCUAAAUUUUCUGAGAUUGAGUCAAAAUGUGUUUUACAGGUGGAAAAUUUCAAAGUGUACGAAAAUGGUUUCCACGAGCAUAACUUAAAAGUCUCAUCGUUGGUCACAGAUGGAAAUGAUAACUUAUCAAGUAGCGAUAUUGCCAAGCAAAAGUCAUCAUUUUCUCUCUCUGGGAUGUUCAAACAUCACAAGGAGGACAGCAAACAGUUAGAAAACGCACUUUCUUUGAUACCCGCUAGCAGGCUUUCUCUUUACCAAAGGAUAGAUAGAUCGAGAAGUCAAGCGGUCGAGGAUGAACAAAAUGGAAUAGUUGGAAUAAUGGAGAAUGGUUUCCAAGCCGAUGAUGAACAGGAUGAAUCAAAACCCAAGGACAAGGCAACGCCACGGAUAGUAAACACAAAUGCUGCGGUUGGUUCUGAGGAAUUAAAACUGAUAAAUACACUGUCAGAAAAAAUACACAGUGCACUGAAUGGCGAAUCUCUCAAGAUUGAAGGCCAAAAAAAGGAUAUCCCCAAGUUCUAUGAACAAUAUGGUAAACCUGUCGGACUAAUAGGUCAUGGUGCCUAUGGUGUAGUGAAAGUGUGUAGUAGACCAAAAACACCGAAAGAUAUUGCCCCAUUCGCGACCUACUCCAGUGGUAAGAAGCUUUUUUUUGCCGUCAAAGAGUUAAGACCUAAGGCCAAUGAUCAAAUAGAUCGAUUUAGCACAAGAAUAACAUCUGAAUUUAUAAUUGGACACUCACUUAGCCAUUGUCAUAAAAAAGGCACAAAGGUUUCUCCCAAUAUACUUACCAUAUUCGAUCUGAUGGAAACGAAUGAUGCAUUUGUAGAAGUAAUGGAGUUUUGCCCUUCAGGCGAUCUUUACAGUAUACUCACGCGAAAAUCCAAGAAUGGGACAGCUUUGCACCCUCUAGAAGCUGAUUGUUUCAUGAAACAACUCUUGCAUGGUGUUCAAUAUAUGCAUAAUCAUGGUGUCGCUCAUUGUGAUUUAAAACCAGAAAACAUCUUGUUUUACCCAAAUGGUCUAUUAAAGAUUUGUGAUUUUGGUACAAGUUGUGUUUUCCAGACUGCAUGGGAAAAGCAUGUUCAUUUUCAAACAGGAACAAUGGGUUCUGAACCUUACGUUGCACCGGAGGAGUUUAUUACCGAUAAUGAAUACGACCCCCGACUCACAGAUUGCUGGAGCUGUGGUAUCGUUUACUGUACGAUGGUACUUGACCAUUAUUUAUGGAAGAUUGCACUGCGUGACGAGGAUGUUCUGUAUGAUUCGUUCUAUGAGGAAAUGAAAGAGCACAAACAAUUUUACGUUUUCGAAGAAAUGAGGCAUGUCAACAACGAAAUUAGCCGUUUGAGAAGAGCGGCACUGUAUUCAAUUCUCCAAAUCGACCCAAAGAGAAGAAUAACCAUCGAUAGUUUGCUACAGUCACCUUGGAUGAAGCACACAAGGUGCUGUGUAUUCUACUAA